CUCGGAACCUCUCGCAUGUCGUAUUCCCGGAAUCGGCUUGUUUCAAUAAUCCCAAAAACAAAAUGUGAUGAGAAAGAUUUUUCAUUCAUAGAAAGAAGAAGAAGAAGAAGAAGGAGAAGAAAAGUAGGAAAAUCUUUCUAAUUCACGUGAAUGGAUUAUUUCAAUUUUAUACAUACAAUCAUUAUUUUCCCCUCUUUUUCAUCCCCCCCCUCUCUCUCUCUCUCUAUCCCAGUUGAGAAAUUUUCCCUCAAUACAAAAUAAAGUGUAAGUAAAAGUAAAUUAUCCUGAAGAAAAAAAAAUGACACUAUACACUGAAGUUGAGAUGAGAGACGCUAUUCGAUUUAUUAUCGUUUGCUGUGAAGACAACGAGCCAAUAAGUGAAAGAAUGGAGCAGUGGAUAGGGAAUUAAAAAAAAACAACGAACGGAAAUUUUUUUUUUAAAUAAUAAAGAGGAGUGGAAAGUGAAAUAAAAAUGGAGUUUUAUAAUUUUUCAAAUGACUCAAUGCCACCUGAUGAUGACGCCGAUUCAGGAAUUCCAUGGGCUGAAUAUGGACCAGUUUUAUUCAUCUAUUCACUUACGUUUAUGCUGGGAUUUAUUGGAAAUGUCGUCAUUAUUGCGUCAACUCUUUGCCCAAGACUGCGACCAUUACCAGCAACACCCACUAAUGUCUUUCUUGGUGGUCUCGCCACAGCCGAUCUUUUACUCAUCAUCUUUUGCAUUCCAGUCAAGAUAGCAAAAUUGUUCUCCUUUACUUGGGAAAUGGGUCUUUUCUUAUGCAAAGCAGUGCACUACAUGCAAAGUGUUUCUGCAAUAUGCUCAGUAUUGACCCUCACAGCAAUGUCCGUUGAAAGAUAUUACGCCAUAGUUCAUCCAAUGAGGGCGCAGUACAUUUGCACUAUAAGUCAAGCGAGGAAAAUUGUCAUUUUUGUCUGGUGCAGCUCAUUCAUUUUGGCAAUACCAAUGAUUUUUAUUCAGAUCCAUAAAGAAGUGGGUAUAUAUGUAAAAGCAUAUCACUGUAAAAGGGACUUCAAUUCCGUUACUUUAUGGCGAACUCAUGAACUUUACAUGCUUUUACUGGUAUUAGUGAUACCUCUUAUAAUAAUGGCAUUUUGCUACACUGCAAUUUGUUGGGAAAUAUGGCGUGUAAUGAAAAAACGAUAUCACAUGACAUCCAGACACGCAUUAAGUCCAAAUAAUAUAGGGACUGAGUGCAUUCCAAUGACAAACAGACAAAGUACAAUUCGCAAUGGACGCCGUACUCGUCGGGAGAAUGGACAAACUCAAGAAGAAUCGCGUACCAUGAAACAGGUAGUAAAAAUGCUUGUUGCUGUUGUGGUGUUAUUCGCUAUUUGUUGGAGUCCAAUGCUCAUUGACAAUGUUCUCACUGCUUAUGGAAUUUUUCCAAAGCAAAAACAUAGUCACUUUAAACAUAUGAAUACUGCCUUUCAAUUAAUGGCGUAUUUAAACAGCUGUAUAAAUCCAAUAAUCUAUGGCUUCAUGUCCAAACACUUUAGGGAGAGUUUUUUAUCGGCAGCACGUGGUGGAUUAUGGCGUAUUUGUUCAAGAAGAGGAUACCCGAACGCCGUUAAAAGACAUGCCAGUCUUAGCCAAACAAGAACAACCAGCGUUCGUGUUCCUUCGACGACGAUUAUUAGUACUUAAUUAUGAUAAUAGUUAAAAAAAAUGGAAGUAUGGACCUGAACUAUUGGUUCGUCAUUCCGAGUUCAUUAUGGGAAAAUAUGCAGAAGAGAGAGGAAGAAUAACUCGAAGCUCUCCUUCAUUUAACAAUAAUUCUCGAUUUUUUCCUAUACGUAUAUUCACAAAAAAAAGUCAAAGGAUAAACCCAGAGAAAGAUACGGAAAAAUUUUUUUUUUGUACAAAUAAAAACUCGUAUAUAUUAAUAAAAAGAAAUCGAAAUUCUAUAUAAAUAUAUAUCUAGAUGUAAUUUCCCAUCUCUGAAAUCAAAUAUACAAAGAGGACAUUUUUCAAUGAAACGUCAUAGUACUUUGAUUUCGAGCAAAAAAAAAAUAAAUAAAUGGGAAAUAUUAUAUAAAAAUUAAGGAAAAAUAAAAAAAAAAGGGGGAAACUUGAUCGCUGUAUUAAAAUAAUAAAAAAUUUU